UAUCAGUUUACAAAAACAACCACAACAAUAUCAGUUGAAAAAACAAUUUUAUAAUGAUGUGGGUGCUGCACGUAAUUCAAACGUGCAGCAAAGUUUGUGCAAUAGUUUUAAUAUUAAUUAAUUUCAGUUCUAGUGAAAAUAUUAGUGAAUCGUUAAGUGUAAAUCGAACUAAUCAUAGUGUAAAACAUGUGCCGACUAAUAGAAUUUCGAGUAGAAUUUCGAGUAGACUUAAUAAUAUCGAAACAAUACCAUUGUAUAAAUUACUACAAGAGAAGAAUUUAACCGUAGAAAAUUCGGAAUUAUUAAAAGCAAGUUGGCCACGGAAAAUUUUCCAAUGUAUACGUUCACGAAAUAUAUUUCAAUGUAUGAAAAUUUUUCUAUUACAACGUUCCGAAAUGGCAUUGGAACGUAUUAAUAUGAAUCAAUUAUCGAAAACGAAUAUUUCAUGGUUUGAUGAUAUUUUAACUUUGCAAAAUGAUUCGAGCGUUGAUUUUGUAAUGGAACAUUUGAUUUAG